UCCAUCUCCCUCUAGAUCUUCUUCCAUGGCGACAAGUUUCAGCGCGGCCACCCGCUUCCUCGUCGUCAAUGGCGUCUCUCACGCCGGGGACGUUCCUCCGGUCUCCACCCUUCUCGAAUCCCUCCCCGGGGCUUACACCACCACUCGAACCCACGGAAACGCCUCCCUCCUCCUCUUUUGGGAUCGCCACCUCCGCCGCCUUUCCAACUCCGCGCGCAUCCUCGCCGACCACCGCCCUGACCUUUUCGGAGCGCCGGUUGAGCUUUCUGCCAUCCGGCCACUUGUUGAUGAGUCUUUGCAGGUGGGUCUAGGGCUAGCGCUAGAUGAGAGGGGUUGCAGAAGCCGUAGAACUGAAGCAGUGGAUGAGGUUACGGAGCUAGCUGUUACCGCGCUGAUCUGUGGUGGCGGAGGAAGCGGUAGUAUGGCGAAGCUCGAUGUGUAUCUUCAUAUAGGGUUUUAUGUUCCGCCGGUCUUUGGCGCUGCGGGUGCUCGACUGGCACUUGCCGGCCGGGGGAGAGACGUCGCGGAGGCGAAGUAUUCGCUGUGGGCGCGGAUCAGAAAGGAUAUGGAGAGAAUGAGGCCUCCUAUGGUGACGGAGCUCCUGCUGUCUAAUGAUGGAGAUAGAAUACUUGAAGGAAGUGUUACCAAUUUUUUUGUUGUUUGCAAGGUGGACUGCGACAAGGCAAAUGAUUCUACAUAUAAUCUCAAAAAAACAUCAUCUUUUGUCGUGCAAACAGCACCAGUAAGUGAUGAAGUGCUCCCCGGAGUAAUACGACAACUUGUAAUUGAGGUUUGCUCUAGCUUGGGAAUUCCUUUAAGAGAAGUGGCACCGUCUUGGUCUGACCAUCAACUUUGGGAGGAGUCCUUUAUUACCAGGCUGUAUUCGACGACGAGGAAAGUGCUUCGGCUGUAACCCCGUCCGAGGUGGUGUUUAUUUCACUGUUCCGGCCACUACCCGCUGUCCAUCGGCGUUCCAACCACCCUUCAACACCACCGGUCACCUCCGGGCCAGCCAAACAGCCAGCCAAUUCGCGUGCAGCUUCACUGUGGCUGUUCACAGCCCUCCUACUGCCCUUCCAGACAUCACUGCUGCAACCACCUGCUGUUCGCAACCCUCCUGCUACCGUUCCAAAUGCCAAUGCUGCACCUCUUACUGUUCACAUUCCUCCUACGGGCACUGCUGCAGCCACAUGCUGUUCGCAGCUUUCAUGCUGCCCUUUCAAAUGCAACUGCUGCAGCCUCCUACUGUUUGCAUUCCUCCUACUACCCUUCCAGACAUCAUUGCUGCAGCCACAUGCUGUUUGCAGCCCUCCUGCUGCCCUUCCAAAAUCCACUGCUGCAGCCUCCUGCUGUUCCCAGCUCUCCUGUUGCCCUUCCAGACGCAACUACUGCAGCAACCUGCAGUUCGCAGUCCACCAUCUGCCCUUCCGACAUCCCCGCCGGAGACUUCUCUGCACCUUCCGCCUCCUGCCACCUCACUCACCGCAGGCCGCCGCCUCCAUCAAGCCGUCCCAGUGCCUACAGCUGCUGCCUUCCUCCUUCCUGCAGCUCACAACCUUCCUUUGCCUCCGCUCCUUGGCUUCGUCCGCCAUUCUUGCCUUCCGCUCCUCGGCUUCCGCCACCAUCCUUGCCGCCUCCGGAUUCCACCCUUUGACGAAGCUUUCCGUUUCCUCCUGUUGCGGUUCGACGCCUCGACGAGCGCUGAAUCGCUGCUCCGCUUUCACCCGACAUCACUCCGGCCUUCACCGCAGCCAC